AUGGAGCACCCUGUUUUUCUUGAACGAUCCGCAGAAGAGAGCCUGGACGCGGCGCCGUACAAGCUGCGGCGGCGGAACUCGGAGACGAUGCGCGCACAGUACAUCAACACCAAGGAGCUCAGGAUCUGCAUUGGCACGUACAACGCCGCCGGCAUAGAGCCACCGGAAGGCCUCGACAUCGCCGAGUGGCUCGGCACCACCGGCGGCGGGCAGGCCGACAUGUACGUGCUCAGCUUCCAGGACGACCGGCCGGCGUUGGCGUGGGAGGCGCUCAUCCGCGACAUGCUCACGCGGACGCAACCGUCCUGCUCGAGGCCUAACUACUGCUUCCCGGUGCACCCCGAGGAGUACGUCGUUGCCACCCCCAGGAUGCUCGGGGCCAUGGAGGACGAGCAGCCAAGGGCGCAGCAGAGGGCGCUCCUUAAGACGAUGAGCAAGACGGACAGGAUCGGGCUCGCCUGGCCGGAGCAGCCGCUGGACCUGAUGGUCACCGCGUCCUUGUCAUCGGCGUUGUUCAAGUCGCCGAGAUCGUUCGGCGCGCACAGGUCAUUCAUGAAGUCCAGGGUCGCCGCCGACGACUGCCCUGCCAUGGUCCCAGACCUGGACCCCGACCUCGACGGCGAGGCGCGCGUGGUCAUGGCAAGAAGAAGGGCCGCGGCAGGUCGCCGUUCGCGCGUCCAGAACAUCAAGGUGUCCGCCGUGGGCGUGGGCGCCAUGGGCUACAUCGGCGACAAGGGGUCGGUGUCGGCGACGGCGAGCAUGUUCUGCUUCGUGUGCACCCACCUGUCCGCCGGCGAGCGGCCCGGCAACCUCCUCAAGCGGAACGCCGACGUGCAGGAGAUCCACCGGCGGACGCGCUUCGGCGGCCUCGAGCUGUCCCGAGACAUCUACGAACACGAACAUGUUCUUCCGCAGGAGGAUUUCCUGGCUGGGCGAUCUGAACUACCGGAUCGACGUGCCGUAAGACAGAACCCACAGCCUGAUCGCCGCCAUGGACUGGCCUCAGCUAGCCGAGAAAGAUCAGCUGAAGCGGGAGAUGAGGAAGGGGCGGGCGUUCGACGGGUGGGGCGAGGGAGUGCUGUGCUGGAGUUCGCGCCGACGUACAAGUACGAGAUCGGGACGGGGAAGUACACCAGCGACGACCAGAAGGGCGGGAGGAGGACGCCGGCGUGGUGCUGUCGUUCGGGAAGAAGGAGGUCGGAGCUGACGCUGUCGGACGACCACAAGCCGGUGACGGCAACGUACGCGGCAGAGGUGGAGGUGGAGCUGCUCUGCGGGAGGAAGAUGCAGAGGGCGCUCACGCUCAUGGACGGCCGAGAUGGAACGUGGUCGUGCAGGACCUCCAUUUUUCAGAAGUUCAGAAGCUGA